UAUUGAAGUUUAAUCUCCAGGCCGUUGCAACUGGUCAGUUGUUUGUUCACCGUCCUAGAGAUUACACCUCAAAUUGUGCAGAAGAGCUGUGUUCUGAUCAUAUAGUUGCGGGAAAUGGAGCUCCAACGGAUUCUACCAUUAUUGGUGGUUGUUCUUAUUAACUUCACUAGUGGAUGCAAUGUCCCUACUCAGCACUAUAAAACUAUGAACUGCAACCCGGUUGGGACUAAAUCAACGUCGGGAUGCCCCGUGAGGUAUGACUGUCCAGCUUUGACCAAUCGUGACAACUCCAAAUGUUAUUUCAACGGAAAAAUCUAUGAAUUGAACGAGCAAGUACCACACAACGAAUCCGCUCAACUAUGUUCAGCAUUAUGCUACUGCAGAAGUGGAAACCCGUUCGCUCAGUUCCGUUGUACCCAUAUUGAUUGUCCGGAGUUUUUCCAGAAAUUCGACCAUGAAAAUUGCAUUCGUAAAUAUCAAUCAAAGAGCUGCUGUGCUGCGGGAAAAGUUUGCGGAAAAGAACGACAGGAACUGAGCAAGUGCACCAUGGAUGGGGAAGAGUAUUUGGAAUGGGAAAAAAUGCGUCCAGCUAACAACAAAUGCAGGACCUGCAUCUGUCAUAAAAAUUACAAAGAAUCCAACAUCGAGAACGACCCGAACUGCUACGAUACCAUCUGUGGCUUUGAGCUGUUCUAUGCUAAACAAGUUUACGGAGGAGCGGCUCCAGUUUACUACGAAGAUCGUUGCUGUCCCUGGGAGUGGAGGAUGCCUAGAGAAACGGAUAAGGUGAUCGGAACUGGAAAGUCGGCGGGUGCUCCCCAAGAUCCUAAGAUGCAGUGUAAAUACGGAAACCUUACGUUAAACAUUGGCGAUAAAUUGGAAACCGAGAUCACCGAUCAAUUCACCGUCCAGUGUUCUUGUGAAAUUCCACCGUUGGUACAGUGUGCGCAAUCCAAGAAUACACCAGUGUAAUCGGUUUUCAAAAUUUAGUCGUAUCUUUGAAAAUAAAUCGCCUAAAUAAUAGCUUGGGAUUUAGGUA